UCUGGGAACCCUCACACUUGGUGAAACAACUGACAGCCUGAAAGCGUGACUUCAGACACAACACGAGGACACUUCUAAACCGCGUACAUGCUCCGCGUAUGUUCUGUUUGUCAGCACGUGUUAUAAGAAGAUAUAUAAUCCCCUGCAGACUUACACAGUUAUAUAACGUCAAGACAUCGAAAUCCUACUGGGAAGCCUAGGAAGGUACUGGAGGUGCAUCGCGUUUAAACAGCAGUUAAACAAGAUUUGUGGUAUAGCUGUAGCUGGCCUUCGACUGCCAAAAGCGGCCAAGGCAGAAUGAAGAACAAGGAGAAAGAGAUGGGAGUGCACAACAUCCAGAAGACAAAACUCGAUGACAUCGAUAUUUCCACAGAGUACGACAUCCGAGCCACCCUUGCCGAAGGCAGCUUCGCCAGGAUUCUACUCGUGCGACAUCGGCGCACGAGCACCAAAGUUGUGUUGAAAGCCAUCCACAUGGAACUCACUGCUGAAAAUGAGUUCGACAGAGAAUACCAUUACAGUUAUCACUUAAGUGCACACCCAAAUAUAUUAUCUGUUUAUCCUGUAGCUUUCACAACUCAGAACUGUUUCGUAUUUGCACAAGAAUACGCUCCACUUGGUGAUCUUUCUGGAUCUGUGAAGGCCGGGGGGUUGUCGGAAUUGUACUGCAAAAGAAUAGCUGAGCAACUGGUAUCAGCAGUUACAUUCCUUCAUUCACUGAAAUUAGUUCAUCGUGAUCUAAAAUUGGAAAAUAUUUUGGUAUUCGCAGCUGAUAUGACACUUAUAAAACUCUGUGAUUUUGGUGCAACCGUUCGAGAAGGUACCAUGGUAACAAAACAUCGGUGCAUAUGGCAACCAUUUCUACCACCAGAAAUAUGCGAACUAGUCAGUAACGAGAGAUACGAAUGUAAACUUUCAUCGGACUGUUGGCAACUUGGUAUAAUUUUGUUUGUAUGUUUGACCGGAUGUCCUCCGUGGCAAUCUGCUGAUAUAUCUGACAGCGAUUAUUGCAAUUUUAUGCGUUGGCAAAAGAGAAAAACGACGAAGGUACCAGUGCAAUUCCGCCCAUUUACAUCUCGUUUCCUAAGGAUGAUAAAGCGAUUAUUGGAAAGAAAGCCUGACAAGAGGUCGUCUGCGACCGAGAUUAUUAAAUAUCUGAGAGACCGUUGGAUAGACAGGAAGACAUCUGGAAAGACGUCAAGUUGUGGAGGAGGGUGUGCAUCUUCAUCUGUUAUCGAACUUUCUAGACGAGAGUCAAUCAAUAUGUAUCUGUACCAACUAGACGACAAGACGCAUUUGGUUGACGAAAGUAAAAACAGAUUAAAGAAACUGUUGAGUGGGUAUGGACUAGAGACGACAAUAGACCAGAAGGCGAUGACGAAACGAGUUUGGGAAUGGCUCCUCCAGUGUGAUUAUCAAACCACAGCAAAAUUUGAAAGUGUAUGAAGACAGGAGAUGCCUCUAAUGGCGUCAGGUCAUUUUAGAAGUGACUCUUGCGUUACUGAUAUUCGCGUAAGUGAUGAAGGCGGCACGUACCUCAUAGAGGCACCGCCCACAACUAUUAGUGCCCCGGGGGAUUUGAGACACAAUGAGAUUGGAUUUGCUUUUAGCAGGAACGAAUUCGAUGUAUCCUGGUAAAAUUAAUGACGAUGAAGGCCUCCAAAGCUCUGGGUAUCGUAAAUAAGUGACCACCGUUCUUACAAUGAGUAUUAGGUUUGUGUUAGUAUUAAACGUUUCUGUGCUAUGAAAGAUAUAUAUCGCCUUCAAAGUAGUCUCUUGUAAUCUUCUGUAUGUGACAAAUCUUUACUGGUAUUCCUUGAGACUUGAAGAUAUUUAUAUGCUUUAGUAAAAUUGAGCUGAUAAAUUUUCAUAUAAAUGUAAAGAGUAUUAGGAUUUCUUGCUGGACAAAAUGUCAGCACAGAAAUGGUUACAUUUAAAUUGUCUUGCUUAACCCUCUCCCAUAUGUUUCAGUGAACAAUGCAGAUAUAUUUUAAUUAAAUCUUAUACGAAUUCAUUAGGGUUCCGUAGAUGAGGGAUCAGUAAGUUCAAUGUCUUUACCACCGAACAAAUCAACCCUAGCGAUAACAUAUUCUGACUUAUAAUCGAGAGGUGUCCUGUUCGGAACUCGGUCGAGACACAUAUUACCCUAAUAUUUUGUGAUUUCCUUCAGCCCCUUCAGUCAGUGUUAGAAUAAGCCUUGUUUUACAUUAAAGUAUCCGUCAGCCUUUACCUCCAUCUUGCUUUACAGUUAACAGAGCGCAGUUGUCCUCUCAUAUCAUUCAAUAGCCUAACAAAUAACCUCUGCAGUUGAUUAAAUGCCAUUUUUACCACAAACUACAGUCCACGGUUUCUUUUUUGCGUAGAAUAAUAAAUUAACUUUUUAGUUAAUUAAACAUAUAAAUAUAAUAUUUAAUGUGUUUACAUUUAAAUUGUAGUCGAUUUAUUUACUAUAAUAUCGGUAUUCCAAAUGAAUAUUUCUAAAUGGGCUCACUUUGAGGAGGUUGAAAAUAAACUUAAUAAGGUGGAAGAAGUAACAUUAUCUGAAAAUUGUAAAUUUUAAGAUUUCGAGAGUUGAACUUCCUUAAUAUAAUUUUAUGUAUUUCUCUUUGCGUGGGCGAUUUGGCGGCGACCCGAUGCGUAUAUAAGUAAUUUUUUUUUUCAAAAAUAAAUUCAGCCUAGGCCUAUAUGAGGAUACUAAUUUGAUGCAUGUCCACACCACAGUUACCCACGCACAUCUUAAGAAUCUAGCAGUCAUUCGGCUAAUCAGAAUAUUCUCCGUCUUUGUAGAAACCAAAUUUUCAUGACCAUGUUCACUAAGGUCCAACACUGGACCCUAUCCUAAAUCGAUUAAAUUUACAUUUUCACGCUGCUUUUUUUAAGAUGCAUUUUAAUAUUAUCCCCUCAUCCAUUCCCAGUUCUCUGAAGUGUUGUCUUCCCCUCAGGUUAUACAUCUACGUAACCUUUUGUAUACAUUUCUCAAAUACAGUAUUACAGUGUCCUUCUAUAUUGAAUUUAAUCCACACAGCAUAUAGAUAACGAUGAAAUUUCACUAGUUAUUUUAAAUAUGGCCGUAUAUAACUGAAUAUGGCUUGCAGACAUUACUUGUAACAAAAAGAACAAAACACAGGCGAGUCAAAAUGAAUAUGUGCGUAAUUAAACAAUUUUACAAAUCACAUUAGCAAUUAUAUGAGAAUUACAGUCAAUAAUAAAAUAUAUUUUUUAUAGAAAAAACUGAUCUUCUAAAUUAGAUUAUCGACAUUUAACAAUAAACGUAAAUAUAAAUUCAUGAAAUUACUAAUCGGACUAAGCCUUUCACAGGAAAUAUAAUUCAUAAUAUUUAUCUGAGAAAGAAUAUAUAUUUCCAUUUAGCCGUCGAACACUACGAGAAAACUGUUAUAUAAAUUCUUUGUUUAAGUCACUAAAUCCUUUUACAUAUAAUACUUAUUAUUCUUUGAGUUAAAUAAUGUGAGAAAACACGAUGAUAAGGCAACUUAAUUCCUACAGAUUUUGCCAAAGUUGUAAAUAUAUUUAUUUAAUCUACAAUAAUUGAUCUCAUUAGUUAAGUAAGCGGAACUGCUAGUGCUUAUUAAAGACAUUGUUUAGUGCUUAACUUAAUUUUUUGUGUUAAAUACAGAACACAGUUGAUGUAAAUUUAAGAUAGGAUAUAUAUUUAUGAAGUGUAAAUUCCCAGGUGUAUGUAUCAAUGACAGAAUAUAUUCUGAUCAUAUCGUAUUUAUAUAUCAAGAUAACAGACUGAAUAUAAUAUCUUUAUGAAUAUAAAUAUUCUAAUGUAUUAUUUAUUAUAAUAAUAACGCAUGUUACUCAUGGGUCACAGUUUCUUUAAACGUGUCGUGCCAACAUUUUAUUCUAUUUUCGUACUUUGGUAUCUUAAGUACAAAAGAUUUAAAUCUGGAAUAGUAAAUGUCAAGAAAUGUUGAGCACCGAACAUCAAAUAAAUUAAUCAAGCAUGAUUUUAAAUUGUAAAUAUUUUUAGGUAAAUAUGUAUAUUUGUAUAAAAUGUUAUGGCAUGUGUAAAUUAGAUAUAAUUUAUGACGAUGAUGCAAACAAUUUUAGAUAAGUAGCAAAGAAAACAUGGAAGUUGUCAUUUUAGCAAUGAAGUUUUAUUUACGUCAGUGAAUAGCAUGAAACACACAACUUAAAAGUCCGAUAAAACUUGAAAUAUCUGCGUAAAAUAUACGAAUAAACUAACAUUUAUAUUUUAUAGGUUUAUAAUGAGAAGCAGAAAAUUCACAAAUUACCCCUUAUGGACUUUUAACAUUUCUAUUUCGAUUACGCAAUAAACUGUAAAUAAUUUUAAACUCGUUUUCUUAUUUUAUUUUAAAAAAAAGGCGCAUGGUAUCAUCAUGUCCAUGUGUCCUUCAGUUUGUGUAUAUUAACUUAAUAACUUUUGAAAAAUAUUUCGCUGAUUUUCCUAAGACCGCAUGAAUAUUAUCCCACCAGCAGCUUCAUUACGGCACAUACUGAAUUCCUAAAUAUUAUUUAAACGAACUUCGGCUUCAAAAGGUGACUGUCAUUUCUCCAAUUGGACUUUCACGCGGAAGAGGAAAGCACUGUACUAUUCAAAGGAAUUUCUAAAAUGAAAUACGAGUUUUAAACCCACACCGCGAGCGAAUAAUAGAUGCAAUAUUAAACAUAAUUUAACAUCAGAGGAUAAAAUAAAGUUUAGUUGGUUUCUGAUUUUUCGUCCCACGGUUUUGUUGCUAAGAUAUCGAUAUCUGAAUACAAUGUCGCGAAGAAAGUCGAUACAUAUAAAAUACUAAUAAAACGGAAUACAUGUAUCAGUAUCAAAUAGCCUACAAAUCGAUACAGUAUUUUUGGAUACGCUCUCCACAGUACAAAAAAUUUGAUAUACUUCAAAUAUUGAUAAAUAUGAGAUAUGAAUGUGAGAUUUCAGGUUCUCACGGCCGCGGAUAUGAAGAGGAUUGUGUUCUGGGAUGUUGCGCCAUGUGAUCUCUUAAAAAUUGACAGACGUUUAAGAAGUGUGUACUGCCUCCAUCAUCAGGGCGACGAUGGAAACAAGAAGUAUGUCUCAGACGUCGGUCAAUUUCUACGAGACUACAUGGAGCAGCAUCCCAGAAUACAGACAUUCUCAUGAUAUCUCAGCUUUCGACAGUGGUUAAAAUUCAGACUGUAAUUCUCUGAGUUUUCUAGAUGAUUACCACCGUUACGUAAAAACUUCUAGUCUCCAUUUUCAUGGUAGAAGAUAAAGAAAUUCCUCCGAAAUAUUGGUACGAAUGUACAAGACUACAAGAUGUCACUAACAUAUCUUCCAUGUUUUUAUCUUAAUAUAUCAGAAAAUUUGUUUAAGGUUCUAUUUUUAAAAAUAAAAAAAUAUAGAUCUUUAAAUAUAAGACAUUUACAAAUAUCUGAUAUGUAUUUUAAAACUUGUUUAUGAGUAAAACAUAUAAUAAAUAUUUGUGUUAGAAAAUACAGAUACAAUAUAUCUAAUAUUUUGUCCAAAGUUUUUCUUAUCUGGAAAACUUCGGAUUUCGGUAAUAAGCCUCGCGGAAUGUUGAAGCUUCUACAGUGAUUCGAUAAACACUGUAGUUUUCAUGUACGGGGUGAAUGCCUUUGCGGUAGCCCUUCCAUUCACCUUCUAAACCCGCAAGCGCAUUUACCUUAAAUAUGGCAGCGGCAAUGUCUGCUAAAACGUUUGAAAACAUAGUACAUUCAGCGAAACGUAUUAGUCAAAGCCAGAGUUAAACAAUAAUGCAUAUAUGUUGUAAGUAUACAUUAAUUAUGGUACUAUACAAAAGUAUACAUUAAGAAGAUUAAUUUGUUUCAUAAAUGCUAAAAUGUUAAAGUAAGACAGGCAUUGAAACUAGAAAUAUGAAUUAUAUGCACACAUACAUAAACAGCUACCGUUCAUAUGUAAGAACUGUACUUGUCGAACUAACAACUUCCCUAUGUGACUAAUUUUAAGUAUUUACAUUUUAUACACUAAUAAUUUUAAAUUAUAUCGAAAAUACAUGCUCCUUUGUACAAUACUGUACAACAAGAUAGUUGUCUUCUGGGUUGAUGCGCAGUGUAGUCCGGUAUAAGUUUACCGACGUUUCGGAGGUCCUUGUAAACUUUCACCAGACUACAUGGCGCAACAACCCAGAAGAUAACCAUCUUCAGACUCACCGCCGUGAAAACCUCAAAUCACACACUGUAUAACAAAUUUAGUACGAAUACAUUACACGACAGAAUUUUCAUUUACGUGUAUUUUCCGUGCCACUGAUUGAUAAAUAAGACGGAAAGCUUUCAAUUUUUUAACACGUUUACAACAAACUAAUCCGAACGUGUAAGCACAUUUUCUGCUAUAAUCUUAAUGUCACGUGACACCGACCAAAGUAGCUAAAAAUGCAUCGUUCCUGACAAUUACUCAGAAAGUACCCGGUUCCAGUCUCGGCUGGGCAAAAAUAUAACUCUAAUUUUUUGUCAUAGUCUUCCUCAGACCUUCCAGGAAAUGCCACUAGCCACGAAUUCUUCAUACAUAUCCUUACAAGUUCACCAUAUCAUCCAACGCUAACAUCGUGGCUGAUGUAAGGUCGUCACAUGAUGUACUAUCCACCAAUUACCAUUUAGUGACGAACAUACUUGUCAAAUAAAGGGUUAUAAUAGCCGUCAUCAAAUAACAUGCUUCACUGUCAGAACAAAAUAAUACAACGUUGUAAAACCAACCGCGAAGUCAAGGAGAUUAAAAACAACUUAGAACACGCAGCGCAGCAAACCUAGCAAUUCUGUAGUGACGGUUAGGGUCCUUCUGUAGCCUCUUGAGGCAUGCAAUUUCGUUACGGUUACUGUAAUUUAUAAAUGAGUUAUGUAAAAUUAAUUUCAAACAAGUGACAACGAUUAACUCAUAAGAUUAAAAUUACGUGUUUUAUUUAAGUCUUUCCAUGUAAACAUCUAUAGACGGAAUAGCGCAUCUAAAUAAUGUUUAAAAAUUUGGUUUCUGCGUCCAAGAAAACACUACAUAUCCGUUCCAUAUAUAAAUCGGUUAAUGCUUAUGGAAAUAUUGUUUAUUCAGAGACCCAGAUUAAAACCAAAAUUACAUUCUUUGGACAAAAUUCCGAGCUAAAGACGGCCAUACAUAUAAUUACCACUCGCUUAUAGAGUUAAAAAUUCACUUACAAAGAAUGUGUUCGCUUAAUAGCAUGUAAAUGUCAAUCCCUUCAUGGUCCAAUUUCAAUUAUCAUUAUAAUUAUCAAUGGUAAGUUCAUUUAAGGCCAUUCCGAGGAAUGCAACUUUGGCAAUGAGAUUUCUGUAACGUGUAAUACCGUGCUUUUAAUAUUUUUAAGGUCAAUACACUUGUUUUUAUAUCUUUAAAUUGUAACAGAGAUAACACACCAUAAACUACGUUACAGGCAAAGUUUAAAAUCCAGGCAUUCUAUACAAUACAAUAAUCUUUCAACGAAGCACAAAAUAUAAAGAUUAUUAUUAUUAUUAUUAUUAUACACUUUUCCUGGGCAUUUAAUAAAACUCCUACGCCCUUUACACAAUGCCAAGACUUCCGGGUAAUGUGUUAUCUUCAUUUACGAAAACUAAAUUAUUGUACUAUGCAGUACAACGAAUUUUAUUAAUUGAUUAAAUUGCUUAAAUUCCAGGGAAAACAUAACUUUUUUGUUGUAUGACGAAAGGAAAACAAAUACUAUUAAUAUAUGAUUCAUUAAAUUAUUAUUCAGUUUGAAAAUUAUGACAAAUUAAAUAAAAAGUACUUAUUAAAGGUGUCUGAUUUUUAAAAAUAAUUCUCACAAGGUUCCGCACCGUGUGAAAUGCCUAGGCAAUACUGGACGAAACAGAAGCUUAUAUUUUACGUGAUUUUUGAGGCACCCUAUUACGGAUGUUAUACUUUGCCUAUGACAAGUUUUCAUUUUAUUGUACACAUUUGUCAAAGGUCAGAGCUCAACAUGUAUACAAACUAGCCCACUGUAUAUAUACGUCUUCCACUUCAGACCUUUUUUAAUCUCGUGAGUGUGAAUAAAUGCUUAUCAGCUAUUAAA